AUAAGAAAAGAGUACAAGAGAGCACACACAUUAGAAAAGACUACAACAUGUCAACCAAGAAGUAUGAUAGUUUUAAGGAUCUGAGAAAAGGAAAAUAUGAUUGGAAGGUUCCUGCAAGGGCACUGAACUCUUGGAAAGGCUACACCAGAACUGGGGAGGCUUUCAAGGGUUACAACUUAUUGCUUCUAGAUCAUAAGAGAGCUAGAAUCCAUGCUUUUGUGCCUGCAAGACUAGAAGAGGAAGUAGACAAAUUGGUUGAUCUCGGCAAAAUCUACCUCAUACAAAACUUUACUGUCAAAGACUACAAAGCAGAUGACAAAUUUAGGUGCCUUAGAAAGAAUAUACAGAUUCAGUUCGGGGAGGAGACUAUAAUCACUCAACUACAAGAAGAAGAUAUAAGUAUUGAAAAGACUUGGUUCGACUUCUAUGAUCUUGCUGAACUGAAACCCCUGUCUACUCAAACUACUUACUUGACUGAUGUAAUGGGAGUAAUGGAAAAACAUGACCCCAUUGGCAAACUGACAAAUAGGCACGGGAAGGUCCAAUCACAGUUAAAAUUUGGCAUUACUGAUGGCAGUACAACUGCCCAUGUAACUCUAUGGGAUGAUUUUGCUGAGCUUUUCUCUUCUAUGCUGAAAAUGGACCAAGAAGAAUACAAAAUCUUGAUACUCGGUGGUGCUAGAAUAACAAAAUGGGGAGAUGAGGCUGUCAUUACACAUGUCCAUGCUACUACUUUCUAUAUUAACUACGACAUCCCCUGUGUUCAUCAGUUAAGAAAAAGGAUACCACACCCUAGCUUCAAAAAAGAUAAUAUUUUCAAGGGAAGGAACAGGUCUCCAGCUGUCUAUAAAGUGAAAGACAUAAAAGAGCUUGGAGAACAAUAUGAUGAGACUGAACUGAUAUGCCAAGUGAAAAUUAUGGAGUUUGAACAAGUCAAAAACUGGUUCAAACCUUUUUGCACCUCAUGUUAUGGAGAGUGCACUGUAAUUGGUAAUUUGAAAACAUGCAGCAUAUGCAACAGGACUGUCCCUUAUGCUGAGAACAGAUUUGAACUACACACUCUGGCAAGUGAUGAGACUGGGCAAAUGAAAAUAAUUUUGGAAGACCGUGAAGUCAGGAGGUUGAUUGGAAAAACUGCACUGGAUUUAAUUGAAGAGGGAAACAAGGUGGACAUUUUCCCUGCUAUCUUAGACAACUUAAAGAACAAGUUCUACAGCAUCAAAAUACUAAUCAAAGAAGCAAAUACUAAGUAUAAAGUAGAUGCUUUCCUAGCAACAGAUAUCAUUGAAGGGAGCUACACUGAGAUAAAAAACGAGACAGAACGAGAAUACCCUCAACCUAUUCAGUCCUUCGAAACACAUCUAUCAGAGUCAAGCUAUCAUCUGGAUUCCGCCAACUAAAUCUGAUUCCACGGACUAAAAUCUAAGGAUAUCUAUGAUUGAUUCCUCUUAUUUAUUAUUAAUGAGUCUACUUUAUUAUCUAAAAUAGGACAUCCCUGUUGUUCAU